CUCUUUUAUCUUUUUGUAGUGAUUUCUUUUAUUUUGUAAAUGAAAUCCAAAAGUGAUUCUUCUUCUUCCUCCCUUCUUUUGUUCUUCUAUAUAUCAGCCUUUUGUUCAUUACGCUGCGUUCUGGGUUCUUCUAUCUGCUCUCUUGAAGCUGAUGUGUUCAUUAGAAAUAUUCAGUUUCAAUGCUCUGAUUCGAUCUCUCCAAUCCCCCCUCUUAAGGUUGAUGGAGACUUUCUUGACAGAGCAUUGAGUUCCAAACAGCAAAAUGGUUACACUUCUGUGCUCUUUUAUGCUUCGUGGUGCCCAUUCUCUCACGGUUUGUGCCCAAAAUUUGACAUUCUGAGUUCCAUGUUCCCUCAAUUAGAGCAUCUUACAGUCGAACAAUCUUCGACUUCACCAAGUAUAUUUUCGAGGUACGGAAUUCAUAGUUUGCCUUCAAUUUUGAUUGUGAACCGAACAUCAAGGGUACGAUACAAUGGACCUAAAGAUCUCCGCUCAAUUGUUCAAUUUUUCAAGAAAACAACAGGGUUUGAACCCGUUCAAUUUGUUGCUGAAAAAGAACCCAAUGCAUCUGGAGACCACGACAAAUAUAUAAUGUCUCGGGAUGAGUCGUCUCCUAUGGAGAUAGUAAAACAGGAGCCCUACUUAGCAUUUGCUUUGAUGUUUCUCUGUUUAAGAGUAUUUUUACUCGUACUCCCAGAAGUACUGUCUCGUCUCAAGGCUCUCUGGAUUUCCUACGCUAUGCAGUUUAACUUGGAAAUAUUCGGUGAGACGAGUCAGUUGCUUGUGCGAGCCCUUCACAUGGUCGAUGUUCGUAGAGUUUGGACCAAGCUGAGGCUACGCAAGACCCAGAAUUUUCAGCAAGGUGCAAAGAGUGCCCGUGUUUGGGCUUCUUCACUAGCAUCCGUUUCUUUGGGAGAAUCUUCAGCUAGAUCGUCAUCAUCAUCCUAGAUUGGAGUUUUAUAGAAGUGAGCUAUACCAUAGGAGAACAAAUCCAUCAGGCAUUGUUUUCGAUGCUUUUCAUGGUAAAAAAUUAGCUGACCCUUAUUCCCAUAUGUAAAGGGGU